AUGCGAGUCAGCUGCUUCACAAAUCAUAAGGUUUAUCACUAUUGGCAAAUAUCCCACAGGAUUCUAUUUUAGAAAGCGCCAAGAGUAUUCAUCUCUAUUAUCGUCUUUGAUUACAGUGAUUGGAAUCUUACUAUUCUUAGCAUUUAAAACUAUGUACGUGAAGAAGUAGGAAUGAUUGAAAAAGUCAAUGGAGAAGAAGUAAUCAAAAGAUUAAAUUUGGAAAUAAACUUUCAAUAUGUCAUCGAAAUCUACUCAGAUUUCCUAAGUGUGAAUUAAAUGGAAAAAUUAGAAGAAUUUAUUUCGGUAGAGUGUUAAGUCUUCCUAGGAGAUGCUGACACUAGAUAGUUCUAAAAUUAUACUCGAAAAGUAAAAUGGUUCAAUCACUUCAAAAGGGGUGUUUACUUUGAACCAUUUUAGGAGAUGACGAUCUCUUACACUUUCGAGUUAAAUGAUUUGAUUGGAAACACUAAAUUAGAAACGGAUGAGAUAUAAACAGGGUGCUAAAUAAAAGCAGAUGAGGAUAAAAUAAAUAAUCUAAAUUUGACCUCUAAGUAUUUCCCUACAGAAUUAUGGAAUAUCAAAUAUAAUGAAUAUUAUUUUGACAACUAGCAUUUUCUUACUUUACCAUACGCCAAAAAGACUAAGAUUAGUUAAGGUGGAGAAUAAAUUACCUAUGUAAUAGAUCAUUUAGUAGUCAAGAGAACAGAUGACAUAAUAUAGAUCAAACCAGAUUAUUACUAGGAAAACUUUCCACAGAAAAUCUCAAAGUCAUAUUUAAUUCAAGAUAAGUCCAAUACUGGUUUUAGAGCAACUUUUACUGGAAGUUAAAAUAAGAUUGAAUUGAUUACGCUAACACCUAAAUCUUUAGGCUCGGGUAUUUCUUAGAUUGGUGGCUAUCUAUCCUUACUAAUGCUUCUUGUUGUCAUUUUGAGAAUACUUCAUAAAAUAUGUUUUAACUACAAACUCUAAAAGGAACUUCAUAUAGAGCUAGUUAAUUCCUAAGCAUUUAUCAAGAAUAAUGAGGAUAAUGAUGUGAGGAAUUUUUAUAGCUAUGAAUCAUUCCUUAAGAUGAAGCUAGAAUUGGAAGAUUGCAAGGACAAAUUAUAAAGAGUUGAUUAUGAAAAAAGAUAGAUGUAAAUAUAACUAGGUCAAAUAUAGUAAAGACUAGGUAUUCCCUAGUAGCCCAGACAACAGACUUUGAAGCCUGAAAUUUUUGAUCGAAAUUAAAGCUUUCUACUUCCAACUAUAGGAGACUAGUCCCAGGUAAGAUUAAUUGGGUCAAAUAGUGUGCUUAUGGAACAUAGAACCUUGAGUUUUAAAAAUAAUUAUAAUAGAGAUGAGGAAUUUAAAAGCAAUAACGAGCUAAAUUGA